UUAUAAUUUGGGUGAUGAAGAACUCAAAUUUGCAGUUUCUAUGGUAGAUUCUCAUACAAUCAGGGGAUUUACAGAUCCCACUUAUUUCAAUUUGUCUGCUUAUCAAUUUGAUUAUUCUAAUGACUUCAAAUCAGGCACUGUAGCUUUUAACACAACUGAAGUUGAAAUGGGCAUUUGUGGGGAAAAUUUUCCUAGAGCAUCUGAAAAAAUAAAUGAAUUCAGAAAAUAUGUUGCAAAUGCUACGUACUGCCCGGUGAGCUCUAAUUUUUCUGUUGGGGGCAGCCUUUUAUUGAACAAGGAGAAAAAGGUUAAAAUUCAUAUUCAUAUGAAAACCUAUCAGUGAAAUCGAAGCCAAAGCCAGAGAUAUUGAUGGCAUUAUCAUUGUUAGCUCUAAGUACUUUGACCUUGAUGAUUAUGACACCCCAAUCAAGAAAAUUAUUGAUGAUCAAUUCUAUUUUCGGAUGUCUUCAGGUAUGAGAAAGUAUGGAGUAUUGAAUGUUAAAAAGAGUGUAGUAUCUCUUUCAGAUAGCAUAUUCCCAUUUAGUUCAGAAACAAAACAAUCAUUCUUGUCAAUUGAUGAUUAUCAACAAGAUGGGAAGAUAACAUAUCAGGGAGACCCACUUCUAAUGGAUUUUGAAUUCAGACAAGACCCCAUUGUUGACUCAUACGAGCGUAGAGUGUAUUCCAUUCUUGAUCUUUUUGGCCAGCUUGGAGGUUUCUUCGAAGUACUCGCUAUAUUUGGUGGAGCCCUUGUUCACUAUUUCGCAUCACAAAUGUACAGUUACUCAUUGUUCACUCAUUUGUAUUGACUUAAUGAAGCUGAUGCACAUACUACAAGCGAUGAAUCCCAGAUUGCUCCGAAACAAUCGAAGAAUUUCAAAGCAGUCACUUGAAAGCUAAAUUCGAAAAACAAAACUCUCUUGCAAACAAUUGAGUCCAGAAUCAACUCAAAACGAAGAUUCCAUUUUACAGCCAAAGACUACUUCAAGUCAUUAAUGACAUGCUUCAAAAGUAGAGCUCGCUCUGAGUUUACAGUUCUCAGCGACAAACUUGCAGACGAGUGAGACCUGACAUCUGUUGUGUGUUCGAUGCGGCAUCUCAAAACACUGAUGAAACUGAUUUUGAGCGAGCACCAGGCACUGAUGAUGGACUUUGACUGCAGAAGUAAUUAUCUUCACAAAGGCUCCACUUACGAUUUGUUUACCAAACCGAGUUAUUUUCCUUCAGCUACACAAGAGCUCUCCAAAAAUGCCAAAACUAAAAUAUCUACAUUAUUAAAGAAGCUACAGGAAUUAGAGCAUGCCAAGCUUGAGAAAGACGCUAAUAUCAUUCUUGGGAUCCCUCCAAAAUCUUGUCCACCAGUCGAUCAGAUUGAAGGUUCAACUCUAUUUUGUAGAAACAGGACUCUCGACCACAAGAAGGAAGAGUCGAUUGUGGGAUUUCUUGAAGAAGAUAAAGACAAUUCUGAGAAUCUGAAGCAAGAAAAAUUUUAUGAAGAUUAG